AUGGCUGAAGCGACGCCCAUAGAAGAGUCUAUCGUCAUCGACUCCGCGCCAACCACAGAACCCACAGCGGAAAGCAGUGAGGCACCAAAAAUGGACGACGGAAAGCUCAUGGAGCAAAUGACCAAGGCAGCUAAGCAGAUUGAGUUCUACUUUGCCGAUUCCAACCUUCCAUAUGACAAGUUCAUGUGGACAUUAUACACAAAAGACCCAGACCACUGGGUUCCAGUGCACACCGUCGCUUCGUUCAAGCGCAUGCGGGAGUUCAGCGCCAACGGUGAGGAGUGGAUAGCGAACGCUCUCCGCCUCAGCGACUUUUUGGAGGUCGAUGAGACCGGUACCAAAGUUCGACGAAGGACGGAGGUCCAGGAACCUAAGGACUCGUUUGAGAGGAGUGUUUAUGCAAAAGGCUUCCCAGACGAGGAUAACACAUUGCAGAAGCGUAUCGAGGAGUUCUUCAACCAGUACGGGACAACGACUGCUGUGCGCAUGAGGAGAGGUGACGACAAAAGUUUCAAGAACUCUGUAUUCGCCGAAUUCGUUGACUAUGCAUCAGUCGACGCGUUCCUCAAGGCAGAUCCCAAGCCGACAUUCGAAGGCAAGGAACUGCUCGUCAUGACAAAAGACGCGUACUGCGAAAUGAAAAUAAAAGAAAAAGGCCUCACUGGCAAGUCGGCCAACAACCGUCGAAACCUCAUCGCCAAUAACACCCGUGGUUUCAACGCAUUCCGCGAAAUGGCGAAAGGAAAACAGGACAAGAAGCCAAAAGCAGACUCCGAGGCACCCAAGGAAGUGUUCCUCGAGUUUAUGGGCACAAAACUCCUCAUCACAAAAGACAAAGAGGGGAAUGGGACUGUGGAUGAGAAGGAGAUACCGUUUGUGAAGGGUGCUACGCUCAAAUUUGAUGGGUGUGGUGGAGAUGUGAAGUGGCAGGAGAUCAAGGACCCAGUGAAGGAAAGGUUUGACGGCAGAGCUCCUUUCAUUAAAUACUCCCGUGGGGAUAACCACGGGCUUGUUGGGUUCCACAAGGCAUUGUCAGAAGAGGACAUCACGUACAUCAAGGAAACGAUUAAGACCAUCAAUGAAAAUGAAGUGACUUGGACUUUACCUAGCGAGGAGGAUGAAAAACAGUUCCAAAUUGAACGUGCCCAAUCCGGGGCUAAACUAGCACUGCAAGGCGGCUUCUCACGAGACAGGGAUAGCGGUGGUCGCGGACGAGGCCGCGGGCGUGGCGGCGGUGGACGAGGAGGUGGACGAGGAGGCCGAGGACGGGGUGGCCAUGGUGAUAGGCAACGUCGUGGUGGGGACCGGAACGCUGAGCGAGAGAAAGAGAAGGGACAACAAAAGGGGGAAGAGGUCGGGGAGAAGAGGAAACGCGCUGUGGAGCCUGAUGGUGGCCCCCUUGUUGGCCAGCGGGGAACGGCUGCGCCUCCGAUGCUUGCGCCUUCCACGUCAAAAAGAAGCAAGACGGACGGCGAGGAGUCGUAG